CUGGAUGGUGGGAGGAUGGAAGAGGUGGCGGUGAUGCAAGGCUGCCUGUACCUUCAGCUGCAGCAGACUUUCGGUGGCAAGAAAUGGCGCCGGUUUGGGGCUGCGCUAUACGCAGAGUCUGGCUGCUCCCUGGCCAGACUGGAGCUGCAGGAGGGCCCGGAGAAACCACGCAGGGGGGAGGCCCCCCGCAGAAUCAUCCGCCUCAGUGACUGCCUGCGUGUGGCUGAGGCUGGUGGGGAGGCCAGCAGCCCCCGGGACACCAGCCCCUUCGUCUUGGAGACCAAGGAGCGCCUGUACCUGCUGGCGGCGCCUUCUGCAGAGCGAGGGGACUGGGUGCAGACCAUCUGCUUCCUGGCCUUCCCGGGCCAGAGGAAGGAGGUUCCGGGGCUGGAGGGGAAGGGCAGCCGGCCCUGCAUGGCGGAGAACGAGCUAUACGGCAGCCGGAACACAGUGGUUUCCCGUAAGGAGUUUGCUGUGACUGUGAGAGCCACAGAAGCCAGUGAGAGGUGCCGGCUCCGGGGGUGCUAUACCCUCCGGACUGGGGAGGGUGCCCUGGAGCUGUGGGGUGGGCCUGAGGCAGGCACCCAGCUGUACAACUGGCCCUACAGGUUCCUGCGGCGCUUUGGGCGUGACAAGGUCACCUUCUCCUUUGAGGCUGGCCGACGCUGUGAUUCUGGAGAAGGCACCUUUGAAUUUGAAACACGGCAAGUCAGUGAGAUCUUUCAGGCCCUGGACGAGGCCAUUGCUGCCCAGAAGAAUGCAGCCCCUGCCGGACCCCAAACCCAGCCUGCCACGGUCCCCAUUGUGGUCCCUGUGGCACCGUCCCAGCUGGAGAGUCCCUACUCCCGGCCCCAUGACUCAUUGCCACCCCCUUCGCCCACGGUUCCAGUGUCCACAGCCAGACCUCGGGGCCCUGAGGGGGAGUAUGCCGUGCCCUUUGAUGCUGUGGCUCGGAAUCUGAGCAAGAGCUUGAGGGGAAUCUUGGCAGCCCCUCCCCAGUACCCAGGCGACCCUCUGUAUGACAGCAUUGAGGAGCAGGAGCCCCCAAGACCCGAUCACAUAUAUGAUGAGCCCGAGGGAGUGGCGGCCCUGACUCUGUAUGACAGUCCCCAGGAGCCCCGAGGGGAGGCCUGGAGGAGGCAGGCCACCCCUGAUGGGGACCCGAGUGGCCUCCAGCAUGUCUUCUCAGCGGGACAGGAGCUCUGUGUUACUGACUGGUCACCAGGCACCGAGUAUGACAAUGUUGUGCUCAGGAAAGGGCCCAAGUGAAGGGUGGGGACAGACUGUCAGCUAAAUCAUUGGGACAAGUGACCUUGCUCCUCUGGCUACUGCAUCUCCCAAAUAGCUCCCUCCAGCUACUCUUCUAGUCAAAGGCAUUGUCCCUUCUAGAGCCAUGACAUGAGUCACCCUCCCAAAGCAGAAAAAGGGCCCAUCUAGUCCUUUCACACUUCCUCUUCUCCGCCCACACUCCGCAGCAGAGCCACAGGCAUUUAGGGCAGAGGACAAGGGACAAAACUACAUCAGCAACUUGUGGUUCCUUGGCUUGUGCCGGCACUCUCUGGGGAGUGUGGCUUCGUGGUGGCAUUAGAUAUUCCUGAA